AUGGUUUUGAGUUUACAGCCGCGCGAAGACGGCCCGGUCAGCUUACAAGUGCCCAAAGCCAGCCAAGCGUGCAUCAAUUGUCGUAAACAAAAGAGGAAAUGCGACAAAUCGGUCCCAUCAUGUGGGCUUUGUGCCAGGAUGAACCGUCAAUGCGACUACAGCGACUCAUCAUCCGUACCCACCGCAACUGAUGUAGCCGCACUACAAGCCCGUCUCGCCGAGCUCGAAAACCGGCUCGCCUUAGCUGGCGGCAAGGAAACCACCAGCACGAGCUCAUCAUCCCCCAGCACCAACCUAUUCACACCAGAGACCACCACCACCACAAACAGCCGUGACAAUGCCGCCACCACCCAUCCAGCACCAGUCAUCAACUCUCGCGGCCCCCUUUGGCUCCCCGCCGCCAGCCGCUUCCCCUCCGCCCUCCUCCUCGAUGUCGACAUUUUCAAAUGGGCCCAACUCUCCGUCCCGGCUCCAUCCGUCGCCGUCCCGCGCGACGUCUACGACAUCCUCAGCAGCGGCAAAACGGUCCAAGACUGCGCCGCCGAGUACUUCGACACGGUGCACCGGUGGUUCCCCUUCAUCUCCAAGAAGCGCAUGACGCUGGGGCAUACCCUAUGGGAAGCCGGGCCGGACUUGGCCAUGUUGUUUUUGGGCAUGAAGCUCAUCGUCACGCUGCCGGUCGAGGGCAUGGACAGUGCGGAUAACCCGGUUUUGUUGUGUUUGCAAGGGAUGGUAUUGGUUGCGUUGUAUGAGUACGGGCAGGGGAUAUAUCCGGCGGCGUGGAUGAGUGUGGCGGCGUGUGCGAGGUAUGCGGAGAUGUGUGGGUUGCCGGGGUUCAAGGAGAGUUGGGCGGUUUUGGGGGCUGUGACGACUUGGACCGAGUCUGAGGAAAGGAGAAGGGUCUGGUGGGCUAUUUACAUCCUGGAUAGGGUGAUCUGCUUGGGAAACAAGAAGCGGUUUGUGGUGCCGGAGCCGGAAAAGCAUUAUCUCUUGCCCACGGAUGAUGAUGCUUGGGACAGCGGAGAUCCAGGCCGUGCCCUCAGCGCAGGAAUCACCACCCCUCUCGAGCAGCCACAAGGUCGUUUCGCCCGUCUAGUCCAAUCAUCCAUGCUCGUCAGCAGAACCAUAACCCACGUCCGGACCACCCUACGCAACCAUCAACUAGGGGGUGACAUUGAUCCUUUCGACAUCAACGAAGUUGACGACCUCAUCAACACCCUCACCUCCUUCAGCACCCUCAUUCAACAAGAACUCCUCCCCAGCCUCGCCGUAUUACGCAACCAAAAAUCUGCAGAGUCAACUUCAUCAACCUCAUCAUCAACCUCCCCACCCCCGCCGAACUGGCACUUUCUAACCCCCAGCUCCAUCCCACUCAACCCCCCAUACCACUACCCCCCCUCUCCUUUCGAUUUCUCUUCUUCCUUAUCUCCCCAACCCCAACCUUUAGACCCCCACUCCCUGCCCCCUUUAAGUCUAACCCACUCCGCCCUGUUCCUCCUCUACGACGUCCACUGCUGUCCCGAGAACCUUCUUUGUGGGACCGGUGCGCAGGGUUUCGAGAACCUCCAACCAAAAACCGCUAACCAACAGGCCUUGCAGGUGCGGGCCGUAGCAGGCCUGCGCUCGCUUUCGAGUGGUGUCAUCCGCGAGAUGUGCAUGGAGUUGUUGGAUGCGGUCAUGUUGCCGCAGGGUUUGGCGAAGGUUAGUCCGCUCUGUUUAGACGGGAUAUAUAACGGGAUGGCGACGUUGAGGUGGUUAUGGAAGGAGGGGGGUGAUGAUGGUGGAAUUGGGUUAGGGGAGAACGGGUCCCUUGGGGAAGGAGGAAGUACAGGAGGGAAUGUGGGAGUGUUGCAGGCGGCAGAAGAUGUGGGGAGGUGUUUGAGUAGAUUGUCGAGUAGGUGGAGGGUGGCGGAGGAGUAUUUGGGCUUGGUUGGGCUCUUUUGA